AUGGCAUCCCAUGCACACCAAUAUCCCCUGGUCAAGCUACCACACCCUUACUUGACCUCAUAUCGCGUGAACACCAUCGGGGGAUCGACACCCGCUAAGCGCACCCUGACACUCGAUGAGCAACCCGCCAAUGGCCGAUCGUUGCCCAAAUCGUUGCAUUCAGAUUCACUGUCCUGGCUCGACUUGACCUUCAUUCCCAAGACAGAACAGCCACCUAUCUCAGAUAACACACCAUGGGGCCGCGCGCGUCGCAGCCCGCAGACUGCUUUCCAAUGGACCGGUAGCUCUGCGCCUUCUCUGGCCCAAAUCUGGAAUGUGGUUCACGCAAUCUACCUCGGUCAUCCCACAAUUGAAUACUUCCGAUUGACCCUAUCAGGCACAGAGAAGGAAGUCAUCCAAGAAGAGCUUUUGAACACUGGACUGGCGAUUCAGCACCCAAAGAACCUUCGGGAUCGUGAAAACAAGGCGUUGGAGUUCGAUGAGCUGCUCGUCCUCCGCAGUGCCUUCUGGCAAGGCGCUGCUUCCCCAAUGGGUCCGCGACCCAUCUGGGUGGUUGGAGACGGUACUGACGGUCCUUUGCGAGAGCCUCUCUCGCAAUUCCCCGUCAUGCCAGAGAACUACCAAAUCACAAACAAGUUCCCCGAGGAACCAGUGUACACACGUCACCCAACCCGUCGUCCCAAGCCACACCCUGGAUCCAUUACCUACAGUCGCUAUAUUCCCGAGAUCAACGAGCACUUCUCACUGGAGGUAGUGGACUGGGAGAGCGCAGAGCACGUCCAGCUGUUCAACAAGUGGCAGAACGAUCCCCGAGUCGCCGCAGGAUGGAACGAGACCGGAACCAUCGCAGAGCACACCGAGUACCUGCGUAAACUGCACUUUGAUCCCCAUGUGCUUUGUUUGUUUGGCCGUUUCAACGAUACCCGUUUCUCUUACUACGAGCUCUACUGGUCCAAGGAGGACCACUAUGGUGCGCACUACGAUGCCGGUGACUACGAUCGCGGCCGCCACUCUCUUGUGGGUGACUCGAGCUUCCGAGGCGCUCACCGCGUCAACGCUUGGUACUCUAGCUGCAUUCACUACGUCUUCUUGGACGACCCCCGAACUGCAAAUGCCGUCGGUGAGCCCAAGGCUAGUGGCUCCAUUAUUCUCUCAUACGAGAAUGCUCAAGGCCUGACUAUCGGCAAAUAUGUCGACCUCGGACAUAAGCGUUCCGUGCAUUCCAUCUGCAGUCGCGAAAAGUGGUUCCAGCUAUGUCCUCUCUUCUGGGACGGACGCGAGCGGCCUCUGGAAUCUGCCGACCGCGCGGCGUGGAACGCUAAGUUGUAG